UAUCUGUGUCGAUGAUUGUAGGUUAGUUGAUUAGCCGAGCGGUUCCGUAACUGGCCGAGAAUUGCCGAAUCAUCUGUCCCUGCCCGGACUGCUGGAAGCGGCCGCAACGCCAUGUUGGCGAAGUCUCUCAUCUCUGUGAGGAAAAAAUGAUAGAAAACACACCUGUCGACGAGAAAAGGUAGAAUCGCCGAGGGAGGUUGAAGAUCUUGGCGAUUAUUUAUUCUGAAAGAAACGAAACCGAGCCGGAUCCUGCGGAGGUUCCGGACGGACUAGGGGAGGCUUAAACCUCCCACCGUCCCCAUGAAUAGCACCGCUGAUCCGAGCCAGCGACUUUCCAUGAAAAGAGACGUUUGUGUUGCUAUUCGAGCUCCAGUUCGUUAAAGGGAUUUGGGGCCUGCUUCAAGAAUCUGCUCGGCUUGCUGCUCCCAUGCAUGCGAGCUAGUUUGCGCUGUUUGUAUCAGUAUUAUAAAAGGUUUUUAUUUGUUUAUUUUUUUUGCGAUGAGUUUGCCACCGAAAGUGGUUCCCAAACCCGCCGCUGUCGCUGCAGUUAGCGGACCUGGAAGUGUCCCCUCUCCGUCGAGCCAGCUGCGGGCUACCCUGACCUCCGUGUCUCUGCCGCCGGGAGCCCCAGCAGCUCCCCAGCCCGGCGCUGUACCUCAAAUCCCACGGGUUCAGCCAACACUGGACGACAGGAUCUUCCCCACACAGCCUGGAGUUGCUGCAGUCUACAGCGUACCCAGGCACGCUGGCCCUCCUUACACUGCUCACGACAUCACAAAGGGACACCCUAGCUUGGCGGGCACACCGCCUGGUCAUGCCCACUCUCCGGCGCUCUCAUCAGGUAUCAAUACCCACAGCUUCCCAUAUCGCUACCCUAAGGGCUGGGAGGCAGGCGGAGGGUCUCCAUACAACCCUGGACAAAAUGCUGGCUCCGCACCCUUAGUGUAUUCUCCACAGACACAGCCAAUGAAUGCACAGCCACAAAGUCGCCCGGGGUUCGGAUUUUCUGAUCAUAAGUUGAUUGCAACAAAAGCACUUCAAAUCUCCUUGCUGGACCUCUCCUCCCUCCCCCACCAGUUUGCUACGGGCCCUCGACCAACCCACCAUCAGUUUUUCCAGCGGGCCCCGAUGCAGACUGCGAGGCCCACCAUACCCACAAACACGCCCUCCAUACGACCUGGCUCGCAGAACCCCACAGCGGCUGUCUACCCCACCAACCAACCAAUCAUGAUGACCAUGGCACCCAUGCCUUUCCCUUCCCCACAGGCUGCUCAGUACUACAUCCCACAGUAUCGACACAGCACGCCCUACGUGGGACCUCCUCAGCAGUAUUCAGUACAGCCUCCAGGGUCUGGCACCUUCUAUCCUGGUCCUGGGCCAGGGGAGUACCCUGCCCCAUAUCAUCCCCUCAGGUACCACCCGCCUGUCUCACCCUCUGUCCCCGCUCCCGUCCCCACAGCCGGUCCCCCCUACUACCCAGGACAGACUGUGUACCCUCCCUCACCCCCCAUCAUAGUGCCUACACCACAGCAACCUCCACCAGCCAAGCGGGAGAAGAAAACAGUCUGUUUUUUUGUGCCAUUGUCCUCCCAGAUCCGAAUCCGUGACCCCAAUCAGGGUGGCCGGGACAUCACAGAGGAGAUCAUGGCGGGAGGUUCAGGGAGCAGGAAUUCAACGCCUCCUGUCUGUCACCCCCCCUCCACCCCGACACCUCCACAGCAGCAGCUGAGCAGCCGCCAGACUCCAGAGCCACAGCAGACGCAGCAGCAGCAGACGCAGCAGCAGCAGACGCAGCCCCCUCAGCCACAGCAGGCCCACCCUGGGGGCUACACGCUGGAGCCCCCCCAGCUACCACAGCCACCGCAGCCCCAACAGCCCCAACAGCCCCAAAAGCCCCAACAGCCCCAGCAGCCACAGCAGCCACUGACAACUGGAGCCUCAGACACCAAACCAGGGCCAGAUGAGAUGCCAAAAUUGGAGCCGGUGGUGGUGAAGUCUUCCUCGCCUGCGCUUGUGCAGCCUGAAGCUCCCGUGGAGAGACUUGAGGCCAGCGCCCCCGUACCUGAGCCCACAUCCACGGUGGAACCCGAGCUUCCUUUCCCCGCUCAAGUGACCACCCCUGUCACUCUCCCUCUGUCAGUGGCCAAUAAAAGUGAACGUCCCUCAGCUAGGGAGUCCACUUCUUCAGCCUCCUCUCCCUCCCCCUCGCUCGGGGAGCGCAAACCCUCCCUUGCGUCACCUCAGACUCCCAACACAGACAAGCCUCUCUCAGAUGCCCCACGGACUCUGGCUGCCUCGCCUGCUCCUGCUCCUGCUCCUAAGGCUUUGAACGGUCUUGCGGACUCUGGGAUUGAGCUGGACGCACCAGUUCAUGAGCCUUCUCUCCUGUCUUCAGGUUCACUCCAACCUACGCCCUCUGCUCCGUCUUACAGGGAGGCCCCCUCUGAAACUCUGCCCUCUGACGUGAGGCCAGAGGUGCCCAUUGCUGCUGCGCUCGCCCCGAUGGCACCCGUGGCUGUGGUGCCAGUCACCCUGACCUCAAGCUCCGCCCCUGCUCUGCCCGUCAUGCUCCCCCCAGGCCUUCCGCCUCUAGUGCAGGCCACGACAGAGGCUGACGAGCCGAGCAACCCCUUAGACACUAAAGAGCUCGUCCGAGUAGGAGCAGAGGUACAAGGAGGCAUUACUGACAGUAAAGCAGAGCCCCAACAACAAGCACUCACCAGGAGGAGUCCCACUACAGUUAAUCAGACUGCUUCUGCUAUACCAAAGACCUGGAGGAAACCAAAUGAAGGGAUCUCUGCUGGAGAUGCUUCUCAGAAGGAGGAUGAGGAUGAGCCCAGGCCAGUAGAGCACCCCGCAGGAGAUCAGACCCCACAGACGGCUCCUCUGAGCAGCAGCCCGGUGCCCCUGCCGUCAUCGGUCUUCACCUCCAGCCCCGUUCCGGCUCCCGUGCAGCCCGAGGCUGAUGGAAAACCUGCAUCCCCCGAGGAGAACGGUGAGGCCGAUAUAGAGCCCAUGAGGAACGGAGCGGGCCACACUUCAGAGACGGAGAGCAGCGACAGCGGGGCUACACCUGGAGACAAGGAGAACUCCACAGGGGCUCCACAGGACAUCGAAGACCUGACAGACACCAGUGGAAAGCGGCAGUAUAACAGGAACUUCCUGUUGGGCUUUCAGUUCAUGCCCGCCUGCAUACAGAAGCCUGAGGGACUCCCACCCAUCAGUGACGUGGUGCUGGACAAGAUGAACCAAAACAAGCUGCCGUCUCGAGUGGUGGAUGCCAGAGCGAUUUCCAGAGGACCUGACUUCACACCUGCCUUUGCAGAUUUUGGCCGGCAGAUGACCGGAGGACGAGGAGCUCCACUUAUGAACAUCGGAGCUCGGCGACCUCCACCCAGAAAGAUCAUCAUGAACGUUUCAGUGAACGACGAAAUCCAGCUGAAAAAGUCAGACAACGCCUGGAAACCAGGACUGAAGAGGGAGGGUCCAUCAGAGGAUCCGGCAAUACAGAACACACAGGAUCUCUUCAGGAAGGUCCGCAGCAUCCUGAACAAGCUGACGCCUCAGAAGUUCAACCAGCUGAUGAAGCAGGUCACGGAUCUAACCAUCGACACAGAGGAGCGGCUCAAAGGUGUCAUCGACCUCGUCUUCGAGAAGGCCAUCGACGAGCCCAGCUUCUCUGUGGCCUACGGAAACAUGUGCCGCUGCCUCGCAACGCUUAAAGUGCCCAUGACUGACAAGCCCAACACCACAGUGAACUUUCGCAAGCUGCUGCUAAACCGCUGCCAGAAGGAGUUUGAGAAAGACAAGGUGGACGACGUGGUGUUCGAGAGGAAGCAGAAAGAGCUGGACUCUGCUGCAUCGGCGCCGGAGCGCGACCGGCUUCAGGAGGAGCUGGAAGACGCCAAAGACAAGGCCCGACGGAGAUCCAUCGGCAACAUCAAGUUCAUUGGCGAGCUCUUCAAGUUGAAGAUGUUGACGGAGGCCAUCAUGCAUGACUGUGUAGUGAAGCUGCUGAAGAACCAUGACGAGGAGUCGUUGGAGUGUUUGUGCAGGCUGCUCACCACCAUCGGCAAGGACCUGGACUUUGAGAAGGCCAAGCCUCGGAUGGAUCAGUAUUUCAAUCAGAUGGAGAAAAUCGUCAAAGAGAGGAAGACGUCUUCCCGGAUACGGUUCAUGUUGCAGGACAUUAUAGACCUGAGAUUGCACAACUGGGUCUCGAGGAGAGCUGACUCGGGCCCCAAAACCAUCGAGCAGAUCCACAAGGAGGCGAAGAUCGAGGAGCAGGAGGAGCAGAGGAAAGUGCACCAGCAGCUUCUCUCCAAGGACAGCAAGAGACGGCCAGACCCCAGGGAGCAGAGAGAGCAACAGAGAGAGCAGCAGAGAGAGCAGCGUACAGCGCAGAGAGAAGAGACCUGGAACACUGUGCCCAUGACCAAGAACAGCCGGACCAUCGACCCCACCAAGAUCCCAAAGAUCUCCAAGCCCCAGAUGGAUGAGAAGAUCCAGCUGGGCCCUCGGGCUCAGGUCACGUGGGUGAAGGGCAGUAGUGGAGGAGCCAAAGCCAGCGACUCUGAACUGUCCCGGACAGCCGGCCUCAAUCGUUACUCUGCGCUGCAGUCGACGCCUUCACCUCAGCCCUCCACCACUCCCCCACAGAACCAGGACUUUGACUCCAUGAGAACUCUGGGGAGCGGUCGUAGCAGUACAGCGAGGGAACGCAGUGAGAAGCCAUUAAUCUCCGCCCCUCCAUCCUCGCGGCGCGGACCCUUCAUCAGAGGCGGGAGUGCGAAGGAGCUGCUGGAGAGUCAACCCCCCGAGGAGCCGCGGAGAGACCGAGGACGAGAGGGUGCCGAGCCCCGGAGACCCAGUGUCACAGAGGACAAGACGGAGCUGGAGCGCAGCAGAGGCAGGGAGCCGGUGAAACCUGAGCCCAUGCAGACUCCAGACAGACCGGCUCUGUCUGAGGAGGAGGUGGAGAGGAAGUCCAAGUCCAUCAUCGAUGAGUUCCUGCACAUAAACGAUUACAAGGAGGCCGUUCAGUGCGUGGACGAGCUUCAGCUGGGCUCUCAGCUGCACAUUUUCGUGCAUGUUGGGGUGGAGUCGACUCUGGAGCGCAGUCAGAUUACACGGGACCACAUGGGCCAGCUGCUCUUCCAGCUGCUGCAGCAGGGACUCCUGCCCAAACCCCAGUUCUGCACAGGGUUUGCAGAGACGCUGGAGCAGGCGGACGACAUGGCCAUUGACAUUCCCCACAUCUGGCUGUACCUGGCCGAGCUGCUCAGCCCCGUGCUGAAGGAAGGGGGCUUCUCUAUGAGAGAGCUCUUUAGUGAACUAAGCAAACCUUUGCUUCCUGUGGGAAGAGCCGGGAUCUUAAUUUCUGAAAUACUGCACAUACUAUGCAAACAAAUGAGCCAUAGGACUGUAGGUUCUUUGUGGAGGGAAUCUGGCCUCAACUGGACCGACUUCCUGCCAGAGGGAGAGGACGUCCAGGCUUUCAUCUCAGAACAGAAACUCCAGUUUGUUCUGUCGGACGACUCCAGCUCCGAGGCGUCUCUGAGUAAAAAGAUUCUGUCUCCAGAGGAGCUGAGUCAGCAGCUGGAGAGACUCCUCCUGGAGGACAUGGCCAGUGACGAGCAGAUCUUUGACUGGGUAGAGGCAAACCUAGAUGAAUCUCAGAUGAGCUCGUCUCCCUUCCUGAGGGCUUUGAUGACAGCUGUGUGUAAGGCAGCAGUGAAAGAUGAUAACACCAACUGUCGAGUGGACACGGCCAUCAUCCAGAGGAGAUUGCCAGUUUUACUCAAGUACCUUAACUCAGACACUGAGCGACAGCUGCAAGCACUUUAUGCACUUCAAGCGCUGAUCGUUGCUCUUGAUCAGCCUCCAAACCUUCUCCGGAUGUUCUUCGACUGUCUGUAUGACGAGGACGUCAUCUCGGAGGACGCUUUCUACAAAUGGGAGUCCAGCAAAGACCCUGCCGAGCAGCAUGGUAAGGGUGUGGCCCUCAAGUCUGUCACAGCCUUCUUCACCUGGCUGCGGGAGGCGGAGGAGGAGUCGGAAGACAAUUGACAAGAGUGGGACACCCGGGGGACUUGACAUAGUAGAACUGCAUCCUCACAGCAGAACAAACAAACAAACAAACAAACUUUCAAAAUGGGUGUGUGAGCAGGACGCCAUGUUUACGGCUGGAAUUUUUUUCUGCGGUACGGUUCUGAAACAUGCCGCCAUUUUGAGUUUGGAUUCCAACGGCGGAAGCACUAAAUACCUGUAUUAUACAUAGAAAAUAUUUUUGUUUUAAAUUUUAACUUACUUUUCUUUUGUUACUUUUUAAGAAGAGACUUAAAAGAUACAUAGGUUCUGGACUCGUUAAUUUAUUAUUUUUUUAAGGACUGCAAAUAUGAAAGUUAUUUAACAUUUGCAGAAGCUCACAAAUGAGAACAAGACGACAGAAAUAACAAUAUAAUUAAUUAUAAUAACAAAAUAAUAAUUGUGAAAUAAAUAGCCUCCCUGGAUUCCACACUGUUUGGUUUAAAACAGGGUUCAACAAAGUUAUUUUGGGAUGAAGGGGAAGCCGAGAUUAAACGGAGCUGAUGCAAAGAAACUAUUAACGUUGUCCGUUGUAUGACGUUUGAGGUCAACCAGGAAGUGUUACCCUCAGCCUUGGCUUGCUCUGCGUUGUUAAUGUACAUACGCCUCAUCAGAGGUUAGAGGUAUGCAUUCAAGAAGCGAUGUAAGUCAGUGCACAGAACUGUUAAAACAAACGCAGAAGAACAAAGCGGAUAAAUGAGCAAAAAUGCAACUUCAAAAAGCAAAUGGCUGGGGUCGCUGAACAUGAACAUGCUUGUAAUACUUCAGACCUACAGAGCAGAUUAAAGCUUGUAAAUACAUUAAAGACAAAAAAGGUAUUUAAA